CUCUUCCGUUGCACGCGUAAAGAGACUCGACUCAUCUAUUCUGGAAAUUUUCUCAACAUGGAUAAGUUUCGGAUGAUGUUCCAGUUCUUGCAGGCGAACCAGGAGUCCUUUAUGAACGGUAUAUGCGGUAUCAUGGCUCUGGCGAGCGCACAGCUUUACUCCACGUUUGAGUUCACCUGUCCGUGUCUGCCGGAGUAUAAUUACGCGUACGGGGUCGGCAUUCUGAUCGUUCCUCCACUAUGGUUCUUCAUGCUCGGCUUCGUACUGAAUAAUAACAUCUCGGUGCUGACCGAGGAGUGGAAGAGACCCACGGGUCAGCGGCAGAAGGAGUCCGCUGUGCUGCGCUACAUGCUGUGCUCCAUGACGCAGCGCGCACUCAUCGCUCCUGCCGUGUGGAUCGCCGUCACGCUCAUGGACGGCAAGAGCUUCUUAUGCGCCUACAGCACUAGGAUCGAUCUGAGCCACUUCCUAAACCGCAGCCACGAGCUUGUGCCCGAGAAAGAUAUGGAGAGGCUUCUGGCGACAAUUCCCUGCAAAACCAUCUUCAACGCAGAACAUAUCAUCAACAGAGAGGCAGCAUCCAGGUAUAUUCGGGUUAUGUCCCAGGCCUGUGGAUGGGCAUUUCUGAUGCUGACAACUUUUGUAGCCUUUCUGAUAAGAGCAAUCAGACCUUGUUUCACUCAAGCCAUCUUCCUCAAAACCAAAUACUGGUCCCAUUACAUUGAUACAGAACGGAGGCUCUUCGAUGAGACGUGCAAAGAGCAUGCCAAAAGUUUUGCCAAGGUCUGCAUUCAACAAUAUUUUGAGAGUAUCAGUGGUGAGAUGGUGCUUCAAAAACUGCAUGUGAAGGAAAGGGAUGGAAAAGGCAAUGAAGAAGAAACACCCUUGAGUGAAGAAGAGAAACUCCUAGGCAUCCGUGAAAAGGAGGACAUGAACAAAGUUCUUUGGAACUGGCAUACCUGUAAACCUGCACUUAGCAUUCAUAAAUAUGGAAAAGAUGAAAACACUAAAGAGAACUCAAAUACUCCUGUACAGGCUAAGGGUUAUCACAGGUCGAAGUCCAUGAAUGGUGCAGCGUAUUAUUCCAAGGUCUGACUUUUAAAGAGAUUUUUACAUGUACAAUUAUUGCAGCUAUUUUAAAGCCAUAUAUGUACCUAAAUGUAACCCCAAU